GGCAAUUUAAGUGACGUUAGCAACGCAAUAAGAAACGACCUUUGGUUUGGAAUUAUUGUUCGGUUGAUUGGUUCGAUCUGUACUUUUAUUUGAGCAGCUGUAGCUAGUCUGGAGCCAAUUGAGCUAAGGACAUACUUGCAUUUCAUCGGGGGAUUUACCCCAACGUCAAUUCCAGCCAACUGAUAGAGUUGCCCGUUACAGUUAGUAUGCCAAUUCCUUUGGAUGUAUUUCAAGUCCCAGAUGAUGUUGCCGAAGCUGAAUUAACCAGUCGUAAAGGUUCAACAGUUUUUCAAAAUUUCAUAUAUGAUUUACCAAUACCAUUCUCAUUAUUACUACUUCUAUGCGGUUUUGGUUAUUUGUUAAUUAUCGGUAUAAUUUAUGCAAUUGUAAAAUCCAUAUUAGCGAACCGUACGCCAAAUGUCAAACCGUCUGUUAGUCAGCUUCAACCUUUUGCUUGUUGUCCAUGUUGUUUAUCAGUUGCUGAUUUAUGCAACUGUUGUAGAGUAACUUCCAUUGAUGCCUGCCUUAAUGGUAUUUGCCCCCAGCGUAAAACUCAUGAUUUUACGGACUUAUUACUAUGUCAAAUAUGUCUUGGACGGCCUGGUCGGAUGAAAUCGACUGUACCACUUGUCAAAUGUCCUGUAUGUUGUCAAUCAGCCUAUUGUGAAGACACCGUAUAUGUUGCUUCUUAUGCAAUUUCCGAUCGAAAGCUUUACUUCAGGAGGAAUAGAAUAAAUACUUUGGUUCUUUAUAAUGGUACUAUAUAUGUACUUCUACUGGGAAACAAAUAAAUUCACAAAUGGAUCUUUA